CAUUAGACGGGGCUAUACUCUUUCUUAAUUUUUUUAUUUUUCUUCUAGCUACACACACUGCACUCCUUUCACACACACACUCUCUCUCUCUUUAUAUAUAGCCCCCCAUUUCACUGUCACCCAUCUGAUGAUCACCCAAACCAUACCUUUUACUUUUCAUUUGUGGAUCACAGUAUUCUUCUUCUUUCUCUUUUAAAGCAUAUGAAGAGGUUCGGUUUCUGUGAUUCCUCCCCUGUCCCCUUGCUUUUCCUACACCAACCCCAAUCCCAAUCAGAGGGGGAGAUGAUGGUGUACGGCGGCAGCGGAUGCCAGGCAAUGUUGGAGGGAGUGGAGGAGGACAUGGCGGCGGGGGCGGCGGAGAGGUGGGGGAAGAAGAGGAGGCUGAGGGCGGAGCAGGUUGGUGCGCUGGAGAGGGUGUUCGAGGAGGAGAACAGGCUCGAACCGGAGAGGAAGGUGAAGAUAGCAGGGGAGUUGGGGCUGGAGCCGAGACAGGUGGCGAUCUGGUUCCAGAACCGGCGAGCCCGGUUCAAGACGAAGCAGCUCGAGAGGGAUUUCAACCUCCUCAAGUCCGAUUACGACUCCCUUCACCUCCGUUUCAACAAACUCCAACAACAAAGGGAUGCCCUUCUUUCCCAGCUAAAAGGGCUGAAAGAGAAGCUUCUUGUCAUGGAAGAGAAGGGUAGAGGAGGAGGAGGAGGAGGAGGGUCACCAGAGAGCGACUCAAGUGGCGGCGGAGGGUCGAACAGCGAAUUAGUAUUAGAUUACAGCGGCUUCAACUUGCAGCAGCCAUUAAUGGCGGAGGCAAGAAGCUCUGCAAUUUACGUGCACCAGCAGCAGCCGGAGUAUGUGAAGAUGGAGGAGGCAGAGCAGCAAAUGGUGGGUGGUGGUGAGGAAUGUUGCAAUAAUAAUAUGUUUUCUUUGGAUGAUGAUGAUGAUGAUCACCCUCCUAACCUUUAUUGGUAUUGCCCUACUGCUGAUUAUUACAGAUACCAGUAGCUAGAUCACAUAUCUAUAUAUGACAUUGUUAUUGUUGUUGUUAUAAGUAUAAUUACCCAUUGAGUAUUAUUGUAACUUUACUAUUGAUUUAAUAAUCCAACUCAACUGAAUAAUUGUAUACAUGGGUG